AUGCCUACGCCAACAAGUGUGGAGGUGAAGCAGUCGUCGUCGUGGGAGAAGCACAAGGUUUGGCUCUACACCGAGGACCAGAGAGAUUGGGAAAUCAGGAGAAAAUAUGGAAUGACGGUUGACAAGGAGAUGUUAAUGGACGAUUGUUGGAUCAAAGGUAGCCGGGUAGCUGCCGAUAUCAUUGGGGUCGCACCUGUCCAUUUGAAGCACGCAGCCCUUUUCCGAGCUCUCUUGAGAGGUAGGCACGCUGACGACUACGUGCACCUGCACCUGCACAGCGAAGAUAUCGACAUAAACUGCCAAGAUAGCUGCGACAACUCAUUUCUGGGCGCAGCAGCAGCAUUUGGAUCAGAAGUCAUCUGCAGAAUGAUGCUGACACGUCCUGGAGCGAAUCUCAAUCUUGCGUUUCGUGAUGGACUCAGUCUCAUGCACAUUGCGGUAGUACGCGAAAACGGCGCAAUGAUCAAGCAGUUGGCCUCCAGCCUGAACGUGGACAUCAAGGCAACUUGGGAUGUUGGGGACCUCAACUUUGCUAAGGACCCUAUCAGCUAUGGGUUAGACGACUAUCGAUAUCCGUACGACAAGAAGCUGUCUCUCACGGAACGAUCACGAAAGCGACCUGGCUAA